AUGACGGAGGGCCGCCUGGAGACGAUUCACAACCUCCGUCCCAAGAACUGGGACAACCGACGGCACUGGACCAACUGGCAUCACCUCUACGACUGCGAGCAGGAUCACAUCACACGCGAGAGUGCCCCAUUCCACGAUCUCCGCGCCGGCGGCCAGUUUCAAUAUGAGUACGCAGGCGGCGGUCCGUACGCGGCGCCAAUUGAGCCGCAGCACGUCAACGACCGCAGCGCUGGCGACCGCAUGGAUUUUGCGCUGGGGCGAGGGACAGACAUGGGCGGCAUGGGGCACCUGCCGCUCGACACGGAUCCUGGCCGUCCUGUGAAGCCGAACAAUGUGCCUCGCCAGACGGCCAUGUUUACCCGCAAAGACCCUCUGAAGCGCGGCCUCUUCUCCAAGUACCCGUACAUGCCGGAAGGUGACGGCGAUGACACGGGGACGUCACUGCGGAUGGGUGCCAUGAAGGCUGGCGGGCCCUGCGACUACCUCGGCGGCGCUGCCGAGCACAUUCCUGACCCGUACAACGACAAGCCGAACCGCGGCCGCAUCUGGCACUUCCGCACCGGCCCCGUGAAGCACGACUACCCCAAGUGGAUGCCGCAGGGGGAGCCGGAGAGAAAGCCGCGCAAGACCUAUGGCCCUUUCCGCGCUGGCAAGCCGGAUCACCUGCACAUCGGGGGUGACGUGGAGUGGAUCCCUGACCCGUACGACAAGGGGCCGAUUCGAAACAACCGACACCCGUUCCGCACGUGGCACACGCGCACCAAGUGGUCCAUGCCAGUGCACGCACCGUGGUCGACUGGCUUGGCAACGUCGGAGGCACGCAAGGGUGCUGGGCUGGACCUGACAGAGAAUAACCUGCCGUCCCUCAAGACGUACCGCAAGGCAAACCUCACGCAGACGAUCGGCGCGGAAGCGGCGCUCUCGUCGAUGCCAUCGCGGAUGUGA